GUCAUUGUGCGAUCCUUUCCUCUUCUUUGGCAAUAUAUUAUCGGUGCGAGAUACGGAAUUUUCUAUUUUUAUCCGCAUUAGACAGGCUAAUAACACAAAUAUUUAUGCAGUCCAACGACGACGACACGCUACAUUCAUGCUUCGACUCAUUAAAAAGUGCAGUCAUGGGUUGUUGCUACAGCAUCUGCCACAAAGAAUCUGAUCCACAGGAAAACACAGUAAAUGAGCGUACACACCUGUUAGAAGUGGCUGAGCAGCAGCAAGACGCUCCGCCUCCGACAACUUCGGCCUCUACGCCCCCUCGGAAGCCCGAUGAACAGAAUGCUCUCAGUAGGAUACUGCAUGAGACUGCCACUAACGUGAUAGACGUAGGCGCACUCGGGCCUUACGCGUUAGAGCCGGGAGCGUACAGCGAGCGAGUGCGCGCGUACACAGCGCGCGCGGCGGGCGCGGGGGCGCCGGCGGGGGCGCCGGGGGCGCCGGGGGGGGCGCCCGCGCCGCGGCUGCUGGCCGAUGUGCCCGCAGCAGAGCGCAGUGUGCUGCUGGCCCGCCCCGGCCUCAGCAAUGAGGAUAAGGACUUAAUAUCGAACGCCGUAAAGAAAGCAGCGGCGGCCAUAUCUGAACUGCGCGUGGAGCACCACGAGGACCUUGUGGUGCCCUUCAGGGUGCCCUAGCGCCGCCGCGCCGGGGACCGCUGGGAGGCCGCAAGUUAGUCGCUAUUAACCCCAAUAUUCUUCUAACAUUAUUAAUGCGGAAGUUUGUGAUGAUGUAUGUGGGUGGAUCUCAGUGCGUUUCGACCGCUGCUGCGGCCGCGCUGUCAUUACGAGCUGUCAAUUUACUUGAGCAAAGAAUCAUUACAAAAAUCAAUCGUUCAUAAAAUUCACAUUACUAUAGUACAGAUUAAAGUCAUAUAGUAAAACUAAUUCUUGUCUUUGUUAAAAUUUGAAAAAGUGUAAUGACUGCGCGACCGCAGCGGUCGACACGCACUGAGAAACACCUAUGUUAGUAUGUUUGUUACUCUUUGAUUCAAAAUCUACUGAACGGAUUGUUAUGAAAUUUGGUACACAGGUAGAAUAUAACCUGGAAUCAUUUUCAACAAUUUAUCAUCUUCAAAUGGAGAAGGCAAAUGCAAACCACUGCAUUAAUAUUGCCAAGAAAGUCGUUAUGUGUGUUUCAUUCCACUUAACGACCGCGAUCCUCAACCAUGAGGAAUGCGACUGAAGAAGGAGGGUAUAUUAUACUGAAACAAUUGCAUGUAUAUUACAGGUACUAUAUUCUCGAAGAAUUCAUAGUUAAAAACAAAAAUUGUAUGUAAUCCUUAAGUUAAUUUGGUUAACCGAUUAAUCAGUAUAAACUAUUGUAUAUCAUAUUGACUGAAUCGGCUUUGGACCAAACAAUUAUUAAUUUUAAAAAUAUUUCUCCAAUAUGUAUUGUGUAUUGCAUAUUAUAAUUACUUUUAGUCGUAAGUUUAAAUGAGACUUCAAAUAUAAAUUUUAUUCCUUUGUUUUUUCUCUCUCUCUCUCUCUCAAUAAUAACUAAAUGUUAAACACUUGAAACUGAAGUCUCGUUUGAAUUUCCCACAUCAUAUUCUAAGUACUAGAAAUAGUUAUAUAACCAGUAUUCUUUUUCGUAUUCAAUUUCACUUCUUAGAAAUGCAACAUCCUUAAUAUUUGUUUUAAAAAGAUCAUUGUUUGUUUUCAUUAUUAUGUAAUCUUUCUAUUAAUGUGUAUGUUAUUCACGAGAUAUGUGACGCUCCACGAGACGAUGCACCUCAGGAUGGAAAUCGCUUAAGACGUUUCACUUGCCCAUCCAUACUGUUAUUAUAAAAAUAUUCAAUAUUUUUGUUUGCUAUGAAUAAAUGCAAAAACUACUGGACCGAUUUUGAUGAAAUUUGGCACAAAGAUAGACGAAACCUUCAGGAGUGACAUAGGCUACUUUUUUAUUCUAUAUAAAUACAUAUAUAGAAUAAAAAAGUAUAUAUAAAUUCCAUAUAUUAUAUAAAUUCCAUAUAUUAUAUAAAUUCUAUAUAAAUAUAUAAAUACAUCUAAACCUUCUUCAGGGAUCAACACUAAUAUCUAUUGGUGAAAACCGCAUGAAAAUUCGUGCAUUAGUCAUUGUGUUUAUUGCAAACAGCCAAAUGCGGCAGAGACCUUUGUUUUAUAAUACGAAAGGAUGCGCAUAACAUGUAAGCGAGCCUCCAUAUGUGGUAUCUGUUCUCCGUCGAACGUUACAAGUUUUAAUAUUGGUCCUAAAACGGAAUCUAUGUAUAUAUGUGUGUAUGUAUCUUUGUUGCUCUUUGACGCAAAAUCUACUGGAUGGAUUGUUAUUAAAUUUGACAUACGGGUAGAAUAUAACCUGGAAUAACACAUAGGAUACUUUUUAUCCCGAAAUUCCCACGGGAGCGAAGCCACUGGGAGCUAAAAAGAUGAUCAUAAUUUUCAGAUUUGAGUUGUAUAGUAUAGCUUAUCUUUUGAAGAAUACAGAAAUAUUUAUAUGGUUUUAAAGCACAAUAUUACCUAUUUAGUUUAGUUAAUUAAAUAUUAUUUGUGUUGUCAAAAAUAUGUCUUGAGUGUAUAUAUAUAUAAUUUGUGUGUUUAUGUAAUAUUUGUAUUAGAUUUGUACGAACUACUGCUUAUAAAGGCGGUAAUGUAAGUUAAUUUAUCGCUAGAGGCGCUGGUGUAGCGAUAGGUGAGUUUUCAAAACAAAAUUUUGAUGUUUUGGUGUGUUGUGCGCAUAUUAUGUACUUUAAAAUUUCCUUUAUAAAAUUUGUCCUGCAGUCCGAAUAAAAAAGUGUUAUUAGAUUUUGUAUCCUAGUGUUACGAGAUAUGAGCUAAAAUGCGACUGAAUGUAGGUGUAUGUAGAUGUUAGAGUAUAACUUAAUUUGUACUGAUUAUAGGCACUUAAAUUUAUAAUGGGCAUGUCUAGUAUUUGGUGGUUCUCAGAGCGAUUCAAGCGCUGCGGCCGCGCUGUCAUUACGAUCCGUCGAUUUUCUUAAGGAAGGAAUUAUUUCCAAAAUCAGUCAUUAAUAAAAAUUACAAUAUCACAGUACAGAUUAUAUGUCUUUCUGAUUUUAAAGUCAGUAAAACUAAUUCUUCGUUUUUGUUAAAAUUUGUAAUGACAGCGCGGCCGCAACAUUCGAAACGCUCUGAGAAUCACCCAUUUAAUUGGUGGUGUCCACGAGGUCUUGGUCUAAAAUUAUAAAAUGUAUUUCCUUAUGCAGUUCCACUUCGCCUAAAUCAGUUAUGUAGAUUAUUAUUCAUAUAAAAUGCAUAUUUUGUAUCAAUUUUGUAUACUGUAUAUUUUCUGCUAAAAAUGUAUUUUCUCAGCUUGAGCAAUUUGUGACAAGCUCUGUAUUACUGUUCGUUUUCCAAGUUCGUUUAUAAGUAUGUUUUUUCUACAAUGUUGCCAUUAUAUAAAUUUUGUGACAUCUAAUUCAUUUACAAAAAAGCGUUUGUGUUAUGUUUGAUUUCUAAAUCUACUGGAAUUAAAAAUUAUAUCAAAACGUUAAAAUUGCAAGCUAUUUUUUAAAAUUUAUUAUUAGAAUUGCGUCUCGUAAGGUGUACCCUUCAACAAGUUAUGUGUUUUUAGAUUUUUUAAAUAAAUGAUAUAUUGCCAUAUUUGAUAAAUUAAACUUCUUUCUAAGCUAUAUGUACAAAUUCAAAGAAAGAAAAAAUUGUAAAUCAAUAUGUUUGGAGAUAGACAUACAUACAUGUUCAUAAUAUUACCAUGUGAAAAAGUAAUGGCCUACCGCGAAACAUAUAAAUAAGUGUAUGCGUUUAAAAAAAAGAGAGAACGUAUGAACGCAGUGACGUGCUUCGUGUUUUAUGUUUCAUGGUAGGCCUGUUCUGAAUCAUUGAAAGAAGGUAUGUAUCAUUUGAAAGGACUAUAUCAAUUUUUAUACCACCAAGUUUUAAUAGCGAUCUAACAAAUGUUUAAAUAUCUCUUAGAGUUCAUAACACAUUUUAUUUAAUUCUAAUUAACAUCGAUAUUGUCUUUUAACGGCUGUGUCUGAAUUGUUUUAUAUUUGAAAUUGUAUUUUAGAUAUUCUCAAAUGAAAUGGAGUAGGUAUUAUAAUAUAAAAAACUAAACGCGCUAUUUGAGAAUAUCUAUAAAUACGUUAUACAUUACUCUACUACUCCAUCGCAACUGUAUAACUUACCACCGACGUUUUAGCCAAUAAAAUCAAAGUAUUUGGUGCUAAUUUUUGAUUGGCUGGGCAACUGUCAAAAUUUGUGACGUUACACAGCUCAUGGAAUUAGUAGGUUCUCGUACAAAGUACUUACUAAAUCCAUGACAAAGCUUUAGUUGCGACGAAGUAAGUAUAAUUUGAUUUUCUGUCAAUAUUAUAUGGAAAAAGUGAAGUUAUUUUCAAAUAUAAUUUGAAGUACGGCACUUUCAGAGAAAGUCACAUAUUUGUAAUGAUCAUCAGCCAUUUUGAUGUCCCCACCGGUGGGCCACUGGCUUGGCAUGGUUCUAUAAUUUUGACAGAAUAUCUAAUAUUUUCUACAAAUACGUUGCAGUCAAUAUUUGCCACAUAAAAUUAUUAUAGUUUUAUAAAAUAAUUCAUUCAAUUAAUAAGAGUCGACAGAUGCGUGUCAAACUUUUUUGGCAAUUAUUGACUGUAAAUAUUUAUAUCUAACAUAAAUUUAUAAGAUUGGUUAAUUUGUUAUAUUGUGCACAUUAUAAUUUACAUGAUAAAUAAAGUGAUAUUUAUA